GACAACUCUAUUUGGAACUCUUUGACAGUUUUUGCAUGAAGAAAAUCAAAACAACAAAUUGUUGACGAAAAAAUGGACAUUACAUAAUGUAGGCAAUACCAUUUCUUAGAGAUGUAGAUUUGUUUGAUUUAGUCAAAAAAUAAAUUCAUGGUAAGAAGUUUUAUUCGCUGUUUGAAAGCCAAAAUGCGGGUGACUUGGAGACGAAAUCUGGCAGGAAAUCUCGUCGCCCUGACGGUGGUGACAGCGUUCGUCGUUACUUAUGUCAAGCUGCUACAGUACAACAAAGCCAGUUCUACCACAUUUAACCUCGUGGCCAAUCGUCAUCGCAGGAUCCGGGGGCUACACAGUAGCCAUGUGGACCAUAAAUGGAAGAACUGGACCAGUAAAAAUAGGCUGCCUGUGCAUGUAGUAGAAGAACACCAUCAAGUGAUUCCAAUCUGGAUGAAUGCAGUUAAAUUUGGAACUCUGAAACCACAUGGCAAUGUUCUGAUUCAUAUUGAUGGUCACAGUGACAUGUCGGCACCCUUCUACUUCUCGGGAUAUCCAAUGUUCAGAAUGCCAAAGGACAGUAGAGAAAUCAAUAUGAUGGUGCAGAGAAAUGAUGUCUUUAUUGUUCAAUCUAUCGUGGCAGGUAUGUUGAAAAGAAUUAUCUGGGUGUGGCCCAGGUGGGACCAAGAAAACCAUGAAGGGGUGUAUGAAAAGGUGUGGGGAGGAGUAGGGACUGCUACUGUCAGAUCGGGGGAGGCACUCAAAGAAAAGGUCAUCUGUACCUGCUACAAAAACCAGUCCAGUAUCAAGGAAUGCAGCUAUACUCCAUUUCCUCAUGAGGGACUUCUAAAUGUAGGUACAGAGAAAACAAUAAAACCAUCGCUGUGUAAUAUUAAGAGAGAGUUUGUGUUGGAAUCGUUGUGUGAGGACGAGGCGGUUCGCAAGGCGUCUCGGAGUGAAUGGAUUCCGAGGCAGGAUCAUGUGAUGCUGGAUGUGGACCUGGAUUUCUUUGGCUGUACACACGUGUCUCAGCCCCUGGUGGACCUGGGAAUGUCUGUGCCAUCACUAAAGAUGAUGAACGGUGUCCUGUGGAAAUUGUUUUGUCCGAAAUCUGUCAAGCAAGAACAAGAUACAGAUAAAAUUCUAGUGAAAGCUUUAAACUUGUUCUUAGUUGCAUUAGAUUGCAAAUCAAAACCACAAACUAAACAAAUGUCUUACAAGAAAUGCAAAGAUAAGGCAAGAAGAGAGGCAUUGGACAUGUUAAAGCAGUAUCUCUGGCAUCAGGGAAAUAGAGUGUCGUGUGAGAAGAAGAGUAAGGAAUCAGAGAAUCUUCUCAAUCAAUUGGUCGAUCUCUUCUUUGGACACCUGAAUGCCAAGCAGAUCUCCAUGCUCAAAAAGAUCGGCUUCUGUCUGACAACUACGCUCAACUCCUACCUACCUCUGACCAACCCGGGAUUUCAGAUCUGUAUGGGGUCCAAUACACCCGACGACUCAAUGGUUCUCAUCCACAGGCCCACCAAGAACGAGACUGUACAGAGAACCUCCAUGUUGCUCAAGUUUCUGACCAACCUGAGAUUGUGGCACAGACCUCGGCUGGUGACGGUGUGUCGGUCCAUCCGUGACGGCUACACCCCCAGGUUCCUGUAUUAUCAGAUUGAUCAUGGGGUGAUGAAGUCUAUAAAUAGCUGCUUUGGCAAUACCAAAAUGCACUACGAUUCAUGGUUACUUGGCGGUAAACAUGGAUGGCCUCACCGACAUAGAACAUAGUGUGAAUAUUAACAAACAUGUCUGUCUUGGUGAUAGGGAUUAUCUAAAAAUUGUGAUAGUUAUUCUGUGUUUGUGAAUUUGUCUUUAAUCCAAAUGGUUAUGUCAUAUAUAAUAUAUUCAGCAAUUUCUUCUAAAUAAUCACAAAAGAGCUUAUCAGUUAUUUGAAGGUAAAGUGCCAUUUCUCCACAAGUCUGUUUGUCUCUCAUUAUAUAAAACAGUUUUCAAAGUUAUUCUUCUACAGUUUUGUCGUAAAAUAUUUCAAAAAACAAAAUGAUUAUGGUCAUGUACAUGUAUUUUUACAUAUACAAAAGUCAACUCAUCAAUUUUGAAGUUUCAGAUGAAUGAUGUUUAUACUAUGUAAUGUUUACAUAGAUAAACUAGUA